AGUUGAUCUCCACAUUCACACACACACACUACUGUACUCGUCCUGCGCCGUCGGCUCACACGCGUGACAACGUCUGCUUUGGAUUUAGAUGGGAUGAGGCUCACACUGAGGACAUGUAGUCAAGGAAUCACGGGACGUUUGGAGAACACUGUUUGAUUCGAUUGUCUUGAAGACGUUGCUGAGCGAGCAGGAGGUCUUUCUGAUGAACCUCGAGAAUUCGGGAAGUUUCCACGGUGCCGUGAGGCAGCUGGACAUGGAGCCUAAGGUCAACAAGCUCACGUUCGGCUUCCAGCGGAGCUCCACCUCAGAUGACGACUCGGGCUGUGCCUUGGAGGAAUAUGCUUGGGUGCCACCAGGACUUCGACCAGAGCAGGUCCAGCUCUACUUCUCUUGCCUACCUGAGGACAAAGUCCCUUAUGUGAACAGCCCCGGGGAGAAAUACCGCAUCAAGCAGCUCCUGUACCAGCUACCUCCUCAUGACAAUGAGGUGCGAUACUGCCAGUCUCUCAGUGAAGAAGAGAAGAAGGAGCUUCACAUGUUUAGCGUGCAGAGAAAGAAAGAGGCCCUCGGGCGAGGAACUCUAAGACUGCUGCCAAGGACGAUGCUUCAUGCCAUGUGUGAACACUGUGGAGAGAACGUCAGUGGAGGGGAGAUGGUGGUGUUCGCUUCACGAGCGGGACCUAGUCAGUGUUGGCACCCAUCGUGCUUCACAUGUUCCACCUGCAAUGAGCUCCUGGUUGAUCUCAUUUACUUCUACCAGGAUGGGAAGGUCCACUGUGGACGGCAUCAUGCUGAAUUGCUAAAGCCACGCUGUUCCUCCUGUGAUGAGAUUAUUUUUGCGGACGAGUGCACAGAGGCAGAGGGUCGUCACUGGCAUAUGAAGCACUUUUCCUGCUUUGAAUGCGAGACCAUCCUGGGUGGUCAACGGUACAUCAUGAAGGAUGGUCGGCCCUUCUGCUGCGGUUGCUUUGAGUCUCUGCACGCGGAAUACUGUGAGGCCUGCGCCGAACACAUUGGGGUGGACCAUGCCCAAAUGACGUAUGAUGGCCUUCACUGGCACGCCACAGAUGCUUGUUUUAGCUGUGCUCAGUGCAAGAGCUCCUUGCUUGGUUGUCCCUUUUUACCCAGACAAGGCAGGAUCUACUGUUCCAAGACCUGCAGUCUAGGGGAGGACGUCCACGCCUCGGAUUCUUCCGAUUCUGCCUUCCAGUCCGCAAGAUCUCGGGAAUCACGGCGCAGUGUGAAGAUGGGACAAAGCAGCCGCUCCGCAGACCAAUGUCGACAGUCUCUUCUCUUUUCACCUGCAGGCAAUUACAAGUUCCCCGGACUCUCAGGAAACGCUGACGACACCUUGUCCAACAAGCUGUCACAGCUAAGCUUUGCAGACAACCACUUCUGGAGGAACAGGGAGGAGCAGGAAGAUCCCGAGGACCACGAGGAAUGGGCCGAGCAUGAGGACUACAUGACCCAGCUCCUUCUCAAGUUUGGUGAACAUGGAAUGUUCCAGCAGCCGGAGGACACUAGGCCAAACAACCUCUGGAUGACUGACUCUGAUGCCAAAAACAAGGCUGAGACAAGGAUGCCAGGCAGUGGUGGGAAUGGCAGUCUGGCCAGUAAAAAGUACAAGGCAGACAUGUACUGGGCACAGUCCCAGGAUGGACUAGGUGACUCUGCGUAUGGGAGUCACCCUGGACCUGCAAGCAGCAGAAAGCUCCAGGAGCUCGAUUUGGAGCAUGGAGCCAGCUUUAAGCUUGAAGACAAACAGUGGUUUAAUGACUCAUUGGAAUGCAUCACAGAUGAACUUAAACAAGCAGAGCAGAACAUCAGAGACUCGAUGGACUCCUUGGCGCUCUCCAACAUCACAGGCGCUUCAGUUGAUGGGGAUAUAAAAGAGAAACAGUUGCUCUACUCGUUACAACAGUUCUCUGAGCUUGAACACUGUGAGAACACCAGCAACAUGGGGACGCUGAAUUCAUCAGUGCUGCACAGAAGCACAAACUCCCUGAAGAGCCUGACCUCCGAGCUUGAGCGUGUGGCGGUCAUUGAAGAGGAGGACCAGGAGCAGGUGGUCCCGCUCCCGGAGGAGAGGCCCAAACCACCUCACUUAUCUGUCUUAAGAAGGUCCAAGUCCCAGUCCAAACCUCAGCAGGUAAAGUUCUCAGAUGAUGUUAUAGAUAACGGACGAUAUGAUGGCCUGGAGGUGCGGCAGCCUCCCAUGAGUGAACGUACUCGCAGACGAGCAUACCACUUCGAUGAGCAAGAUCAGCAGCGCCACCGGCAUCACCACAGGCGAAGGAGUCGUAAGUCUCGUUCGGACAAUGCACUUCACUUGUUGCCCAAAGAAAAGGCCCGUAUGUGCUUUAAGGAGGACCGCCGCCAGCACGAGCCGGGUCCGAACGCUCACUACAGACAGCCUCCCUAUGCCCACGCUGACUCUGAAUACGGUUUGCAAAGCCAGGGGGCAGAGAGAUUUUUACGUCUUUGUGGGGACGAAGAUGACUGGUGCUCUACCUGUUCGUCUUCAUCAUCUGAAUCAGAGGAGGAAGGCUUUUUCCUGGGCCAGCCUAUUCCACAACCAAGACAACCUCGGUACCAAUAUUACGCUGAUGAACUUCCCAUUGGCACAAGGACAAAGUCCAAACAGAAGAGAGGACGAAAGGACAAAAACUGUAUAAUUUCAUAGAAUUGGCAAGGAAGUUUGAAACAGUUGAUCUGCAUCUUAAUACGUCUUUUAUCAAAUGCCGUUAUGGAACUUGCUUUAAGCUUU